AUCUCUCCACUCUCCGGCUCUCCUCCCUCCCUCCUCCCCCCUCCACCCUCUGGGCCGGAUCUCGUCUCGCUGAGGCGGAGGAGGAGAAGGAGGAGGAGGACGUUCGGCCUGCGCAGUGAGAUGUUUGUCCGUCGCCGCCGCCGCCGCCAUCGCGGAGGAGCGCGAUAAAGGGAGCCGAGCCGGGCGUGAGGGGGACCCCGCGGAGCCGCCGCGCCAGCGCAGCCCCCCCUCAGCCGAGCCCGAGCCGCCGGAGCCCGAGCCGCCGCCGCCCCCGCCGCGGCCGCCCAGGGGCCGGCCAGCUCCUCAGCCCAGCCCGGGGGCCGCGCCGCCGCCCCCAGCGUAGCCCCUCGCCUGCCCGCCCGCCUUAAAUGUGACACCGGCGCCUCGGAGUGCGACCCGAAGCCGCCGCCGGGGAGGGGACGAGCACCAUGUCGAAUCUGAGCAAAGGCACGGGCAGCCGGAAGGACACCAAGAUGCGGAUCCGGGCCUUUCCGAUGACCAUGGAUGAAAAAUAUGUAAACAGCAUUUGGGACCUUCUGAAAAAUGCAAUUCAAGAAAUCCAGCGUAAGAAUAACAGUGGUCUUAGUUUUGAGGAGCUCUAUAGAAAUGCUUAUACAAUGGUUUUGCAUAAACACGGAGAAAAGCUCUACACUGGACUAAGAGAAGUUGUUACCGAACAUCUCAUAAAUAAGGUGCGAGAAGAUGUACUAAAUUCAUUGAAUAACAACUUUCUUCAAACGCUAAAUCAAGCUUGGAAUGAUCAUCAAACAGCUAUGGUGAUGAUUAGAGACAUACUAAUGUAUAUGGACCGUGUAUAUGUACAACAAAAUAAUGUGGAGAAUGUCUACAAUUUGGGAUUAAUUAUUUUUCGAGAUCAAGUUGUACGUUAUGGGUGUAUUAGGGAUCAUCUACGACAAACACUAUUGGACAUGAUCGCAAGAGAGCGGAAAGGAGAAGUUGUAGAUCGGGGCGCAAUAAGAAAUGCUUGCCAGAUGUUAAUGAUUUUAGGUCUUGAAGGACGAUCCGUCUAUGAAGAAGAUUUUGAAGCUCCUUUUUUGGAAAUGUCUGCAGAAUUUUUUCAGAUGGAAAGCCAGAAAUUUUUAGCAGAAAACAGUGCUUCAGUAUAUAUAAAGAAAGUAGAAGCUAGAAUUAAUGAAGAAAUAGAACGGGUGAUGCACUGCCUUGACAAAUCAACCGAAGAGCCAAUAGUAAAGGUGGUUGAGAGGGAACUCAUUUCCAAGCACAUGAAAACUAUAGUAGAAAUGGAGAAUUCUGGGCUAGUACAUAUGCUGAAAAAUGGAAAGACAGAAGACCUCGCUUGCAUGUACAAGUUAUUUAGUCGCGUGCCAAAUGGCUUGAAAACAAUGUGUGAGUGUAUGAGUUCCUAUUUGAGGGAGCAGGGUAAAGCCCUUGUUUCUGAGGAAGGAGAAGGAAAGAAUCCUGUUGACUAUAUCCAGGGCUUAUUGGAUCUGAAGAGUAGGUUUGAUCGCUUCCUCCAGGAAUCGUUCAAUAAUGACCGGCUCUUUAAACAAACUAUUGCGGGUGACUUUGAGUAUUUUCUCAACCUCAACUCCAGGUCCCCUGAAUACCUCUCAUUAUUUAUUGAUGAUAAGCUGAAAAAGGGAGUCAAAGGGCUAACAGAACAGGAAGUAGAAACAAUAUUGGAUAAGGCAAUGGUCCUUUUUAGGUUUAUGCAAGAAAAAGAUGUAUUUGAACGUUAUUAUAAACAACACUUGGCAAGGAGACUUCUCACAAAUAAAAGUGUUUCUGAUGAUUCUGAAAAAAAUAUGAUAUCUAAGUUAAAGACUGAAUGCGGAUGUCAGUUCACAUCAAAACUGGAAGGAAUGUUUCGGGAUAUGAGCAUCUCAAACACAACUAUGGAUGAAUUCAGGCAGCAUCUACAGGCAACUGGGGUAUCUUUAGGUGGUGUUGAUCUCACAGUCCGGGUGCUCACAACAGGAUAUUGGCCCACUCAGUCAGCCACACCAAAGUGCAACAUCCCACCAGCACCAAGACAUGCUUUUGAGAUAUUCAGAAGGUUUUACUUAGCCAAACACAGUGGUCGACAGCUCACGCUCCAGCAUCAUAUGGGUUCUGCAGAUCUCAAUGCCACCUUUUACGGACCAGUUAAAAAGGAAGAUGGAUCCGAAGUUGGUGUUGGAGGGGCCCAAGUAACUGGCUCUAAUACACGGAAGCACAUACUGCAGGUCUCCACUUUCCAGAUGACCAUUUUAAUGCUCUUUAACAAUAGAGAAAAAUACACGUUUGAGGAAAUUCAACAAGAGACCGAUAUCCCUGAAAGAGAGCUUGUUCGAGCCCUGCAGUCCCUCGCCUGUGGUAAACCAACCCAGCGGGUUCUCACGAAAGAACCCAAGUCAAAGGAAAUAGAAAAUGGUCACAUAUUUACAGUUAAUGAUCAGUUCACAUCCAAACUACACAGAGUCAAGAUUCAAACAGUUGCUGCCAAACAAGGUGAAUCUGACCCAGAAAGGAAAGAAACGAGGCAGAAAGUAGACGACGACAGAAAACAUGAGAUAGAAGCUGCUAUAGUGCGGAUAAUGAAGUCCAGAAAGAAGAUGCAGCACAAUGUAUUAGUAGCAGAGGUAACUCAGCAGUUGAAGGCUCGAUUCUUACCAAGUCCGGUUGUUAUUAAGAAACGUAUUGAAGGACUUAUUGAGAGAGAAUAUUUGGCACGAACACCUGAGGAUCGCAAAGUAUACACAUAUGUAGCAUAAAAUGCGUUCAGAAAUUUGAUUUAUUGGACUGUACUUUUCGCAUGGACUGAGAAGUUCUUUUAAAUCAUUAAAUAUUAAGACGGCCAUCUCUGCUAUUAAAUUACAGUACAUGUUCUAGACCAUUCAGAUCAAGCCUUUACUCCCUUUGAGAGUUUUCAACAUCAAUUGAUUGAGCUUCAGGCUUUACGUUUAUCCCUGUAGAGAUCAUCUUUACAGUUCCUCGGGAAAAUGUGAAUGUGCUGCGUUUUGUUUUCAAUACUGUAUGAAAACAGGAAAAAAUAAAACAAAAAUUUAGAAAAUACAGCUCAUUAAAAUAAAAUUGUUGGAUUUCAUUUC